AUGCUCUUCCACCUCCUCACUCUCGCCACUGGCCCGCUAGUACUUGCCGGUGCUAGACACAUAUCAACUCGUCAAUCUUCCAGCACAACGUCUACUCUCAUAGCAACACAGUAUGGAACGGUUUUUGAUGCCCCAGUCACGAUAGGGAAUCAGACCUUCAUGCUCCUCGUCGAUACUGGGAGCAGUGAUACCUACGUGAUGCAAAACGGGUAUAAAUGCGUCAAUAGCACCGACAACCUCGUCAUACCACAGCUUGACUGCCUCUACGCGAACAAGACCUACCAAAAAUCCAAAACCUACCACCGCGUCCCAAAUGAGAUAUUCGGCGUAGAAUAUGGCGCAGGCAUUGCGAGCGGCCUCAUGGCCUAUGAACAAGUGUCAAUAGGUGGUAUAAGCGUGGAGGCACAGAAGGUCGGCAUCGCAAAUGAUUCGAACCCCAUGGGCGAUGGCGUGAAUAGCGGACUGCUCGGCCUGGCCUAUCCAUCUCUCACCUCCGCACAUCCGGCGAACCAGACAUCCAACAGCACAUACUGGCGUGAUCGUCUGGUGUACAACCCUUUGUUGUACACAAUGCAUGAGCAGGGCCUUGUAGAUUCAUACUUCAGUCUGGCGCUCGCGCACACACCGCAGAAUGAAUCUACAUCUUUUGGAGGGUAUAUGACUCUCGGUGGUCUGCCACCUGUCAACCACAGCUCCCACUUCGCGACAGUCCCUGUGGAAAUCACAGAUAACAUUCCGCUGUGGUUCACAUCCGGCAAAAAUGUUCGAUCGUACUGGUCAACCACUGUCAACAAUAUCACGUACGGGUCAUCGUUGAAUAACCUGACUACAAACUCAACUUCAUUUCAAGCAUUCAUCGACUCCGGGAAUUAUAUCUCUUACCUCCCUGACGCGAUUGUCGGUCCGAUCAAUGCUCUUUUCUCGCCUCCGGCGACUUAUGAAUCUGAAACUGGAUUGUAUGUUGUUGAUUGCUCUGCUAAAGCGCCGGAAUUUGGAUUGUCGCUUGGUGACCAGACAUUCUACCAUAAUGGCUCGGAUCUAAUCUACCAGACCUCUGAGGGGGUCUGUGUGUCCAGUCUGGCUUCGUCUUCAGAGGUAUCUCUGGGUGAUAUCACUUUGAAUAUAAUUGGCGUUCCAUUUUUGAAGAAUGUCGUCGCCGUCUUCGAUUUCGGGAAGAACGAGAUGCGAUUCGCGAAGAAGUUCAGCUCGAAGGAAAGUGUUUCGGGAAACAAUACCUUGGCCCCUCUGCCUUCUGAUGCUCCGGUACAGUACUCUAGCCGAUAUAGCAUUGUGAUUGGUCUGUUCCUGGGGCUAGUGAUCUCGCAAGCGGUAUAG